UCGGGGAGCAGGCACGCAGCUCGCUAGCGCAUCGGCGCUCUGUGGAGUCAGGAGGGCUUAGCCUUAUCUGUCGCUCCUAUUCUGCUGCCUGGGCCAAUUUCAACAGGGACUGCAGAGUUCAAACGGAGGUCGGGAAAGAGAGAGAGAGAGAGGGUCUUUGCGUCCAGCUGAAGUGAAAACAACCAUAUAGCGCAAAAGGUAAACUUUUUUUAAAGCUUUUUUUGGGGGGGCCGAGUCGACAAAGAACAGCAAACGCACUUUUUGGACCCUGCGUGUGGCCGUGCGAUUAACGAACACUCCGAUUAAGUGCGUGCAGAGGAGAAGAAAGCUACUCGUCUGUCGUCGAUCGUCGAAGUUUGCCCGGUCUGCUGCCGCCCCGCCGCACGCCUGCCUGCUAUGGAGGGUCGCGCCUCUCACGAUGAGUCUGGACGCUAGAGAUGCCCUCGGGGUUAACGCGUCUUCGCCGCGGCUUGCGCCCCACGAUGGGGAACUGCCCGCCAAUCUCUCCAACGGGACCUCCGGGAACCAGACGCUGUUCCCUUCCCUGGACGUCACGAGGGCGGCCGCGCUGGGCAUCGUGCUGGGCGCCUUCAUCUCCUUCGCCAUAGUGGGCAACAUCCUGGUCAUCCUGUCGGUGGUCUGCAACCGUCACCUGCGCACGCCCACCAACUACUUCAUCAUCAACCUGGCCAUCGCCGACCUGCUGCUGGGCACCACCGUGCUGCCCGUCUCGGCCACGCUGGAGAUCGUGGACUACUGGGUCUUCGGCCGGGUGUUCUGCGACAUCUGGGCGGCCGUGGACGUGCUGUGCUGCACCGCCUCCAUCAUGAGCCUGUGCGUCAUCUCCAUCGACCGCUACAUCGGCGUCCGGUACUCCCUGCAGUACCCGACCAUCGUGACGGAGGGCAGGGCCGUGCUGGCCAUGCUGGGCGUCUGGGGGCUCUCCCUCGUCAUCUCCAUCGGGCCCCUGCUGGGCUGGAAGCAGCCGGCGCCCCCGGACGAGAAGGUCUGCGUCAUCACCGAAGAGCCGUUUUACGCGCUGUUCUCCUCCCUGGGCUCCUUCUACAUCCCGCUGGCCGUCAUCCUGGCCAUGUACUGCCGGGUGUACAUCGUCGCCAAGCGCACCACCCGGAACCUGGAGGCCGGGGUGAUGAAGGAGAGGAGCAACGCCAAGGAAUUCACGCUGCGGAUCCACUACCGGGGCUCCCAGGCCAGCGAGGAGGGCGCGGGGGCCGGCAGGGGCCGAGCGCAGCACAUCCGGAGCUCGCUGACCGUCCGGCUGCUCAAGUUCUCGCGGGAGAAGAAGGCGGCCAAGACUCUGGGCAUCGUGGUGGGCAUGUUCAUCCUGUGCUGGCUGCCCUUCUUCCUGGCCCUGCCCAUCGGAUCUUUCAACACCCAUCUGCGGCCUCCCGAGACCUUGUUCAAGGUGAUCUUCUGGCUGGGCUACUUCAACAGCUGCCUGAACCCCAUCAUCUACCCCUGCUCCAGCAAGGAGUUCAAGAGGGCCUUCAUCCGCAUCCUCCGGUGCCAGUGCCGGCGCAGGAAACGCCCGGGCUGGAAGGCCUCCAACUACCGCACCUCCCACCUCGACUCCUCCGACUACUCCCGCAAAGACUCCGUGGACUCCAUCUUCUUCAACGGGAGCCAGAGGAGGCUGUCCUCGCCCAGCCCCAGCUGCCUGUGCAUCGGGCCGGACCGACACCACGAGCCGGGCGCCCCCCACGCCUGGCGGCCCUGCGCCUCCUCCCUCCCCGGCAGCCCGACCGACAGCCAGCUCCGGCCCCUGGCGGGGAGGCUGGACAGCGGCUGCCUGUGCCGGGGGCUCCCGGAGCGCAACGGGAGCAGCGCGCUCCCGCUGCAGAGACCCUACGCCCUCUGCCUGGGGCCCCCUCAGGCCCACGGCCUCCCCUAUGGCCAGGGGCCCGCGGGGAGCGGCCGUGUGGGCGGGUUCGCCCUGGUGUCGGAGUGAACCAGCGGUCCGGCGGUUCGGGGGCUCAGGCGGCGGGUACCGCACGCCGGGCCGCGCUGUGUUUCUGGUUGUUUCUUGUUGUUUU